UAGAGAAUAACCUCUCAAGUUCAAGCAUAACCUAAAAAAAGAGCGCGUCGAACACGGAGGUGCGUCGAACGUUGCGUCUCGUAGAAAAAAAAAGAGUAUUUUUAGAAGAGAAUAUAAAUAUUUGAAUAUUCGAAGCUUGUAUCGUCGACAUCAUCACGGGAGAAUUUCUGAGUUUCACCUAAUACUCUUCUAUAAACAAUCAAUUUUGCUCCAAACGAUGUCGGACGAUGAAGAUUAUAUGUCUGAUAAAUUUCUACAAAAUACUGAACAAAAUGUCUCAUCAAGUCUUAUAUACAAUCAUUCUGAUAAAAGAGAAUUUGCAUUAAUGAAGAAGAAGGCUGAAAUUCAGUCUAGAAAUAAGCCGAUACGAGUAGUCGAAGCAGAAAAAAGGGAGGAAGGCUUGUCAUCUGCUAUUACCAGUACAAAUAAAGGUUUUGAAAUGCUGAUGAAAAUGGGAUACAAACCUGGUCAAGGAAUAGGCAAGACUCAAUCAGGAAUGACUGAACCAAUUUCUGUGGAAGUGAAGGAAGACAGACAUGGUCUAGGCAAAAUGCUAAAGAAGGAUUCGUACAAGACGAGGAAUACAAAUGCAAAAUUAGAUAAUAUGAAUACUACAGAUUUCCGUAACAGGAUAGCUCAAGAAAAGGCAGAACAGUUGCAGAAGACCGAUUUGUACAAAAGUCAAAAGGUGUGUCAAGAAUUAGACGCUAAAGAAAAUGUCGAAAAACCUGAAAAUACGUGGUUUUGGAUAGAGAAUAAAGAAGAGAAAGAAGAUGAUGACACUGAUGAUGAUAUCGAGGAUGACGAGGAUAAAGAGGUUGAAGUUCUCAGCAAUUUAGAAAAACUUGAGAUUCUUACUAAAUAUUUAAGAAAAAAAUAUUUUUACUGUAUCUGGUGCGGGACGAAAUUCAACGACGAAGACGAUUUAAGAGAUAAUUGUUCGGGAAGUACAAGAAACGAUCAUUGA